UUUAAAUUGAUUUCAAGGCAUAGAGAUGAACACACGGUCUGGUAAAAUGUCCAACCCCAGCGGGAAUGCGCAAACUACCGCGAUAAAUCCAGGUACUGUCGGAAAAAAUAGGAAAAAGUCAACAGCGGGAAUUUCGAAGGAGAGGGAAACUUCAACUGUGGACCAGCCGGAUGUGCACAUGGACGAUGACGGUGUCGAUACUGAGGAAACUGUAGCUCCAACAGCAUUUCUGCAUUUUAAGAAGAAAGAGCUUAAACAACGUGAGGCCAAGAAGAAGAAGCAGCACACAGUCACCAAAAAAAUCAGUGACCUGACUAAGGAGAGAGACUCCCUCUGCCAACAAGUUGGUCAAAAUAACAGUGGGACAACUGAGUCAUUUUCCUCGGCCAACACAUCUCCUGGUGCAUCUUCUUUUUCUUCGUCCUUCAGUUCAUCCAGCUCCACUUCAUUCAGCUCCUCUUCAUCCAGCACCUCAUCAACUGCUUUUUCAGAUCAGAAAUUGAAGAAAAAACGCAAGAACAAAAAAAAAGCACCGCCACCGGAGUCAAAAAAAAAAGGACAAAAGAAAGAAAAAGAAGACAAAAAGGGAACACAGCAGGCGAAGAGCACGUCAUCCUCAAGAGGUCAUCAAGAGAUACAAGAAAGUCCUAAAGGCUUACAAGAAAGGGAGAAAGCUGAGUUUGGCAUAUCAGAAGGUCGGUGUUGACCGAAACACCAUUGUCAGCAAUGCUCCGAUCUGUGAAUUGGCUGUGGUGGCCCCAAAGACAUAUAAGGAGUUACUGGGUGCCCACACGCCACAGCAACGACUUCAGGACUUUUCAAAAAAAUGUCUGGAAGUGAUAAAUAGUGAUCCAAACCUUUUGAGGGAUGUUGAACAUCAAAAGAAGAAGGGAAAACUGAUUCCUCUGUCCAGGAAAGCUUAGGUAUUGAAACACUGCGGGAUGGUGUCACAGAGUAGUUCAGUGUUGCUCAGGUCCGGUUGACCAAAUAUAUUGAGUUCUAAUUUUUCUACAGCAAAAGUGCCAAUGGCUUGUUAUAGAUUCAUUUGUUUUUUUCUGUUCUGCUCAAAAAGUUCUAAAAUUCCGUUUUAUUCUGCUGAUCUGCCAUGUGACGACUCAGUAUGUGUGGAAAAGGAAUAAACAGUGUUCAACACUUAA